AUGCCGCCCCCAGGCGUGCCUGCGCAUCUUGCUGUGCCGCCCGUCUCGUCCACGGCGGCGUACCCAGCACAGCACCCACAACAAGGGUUUGCACAACAGUCACAGCAGCAGCCACAGCAGCUUCAGCCACAGCAGCUUCAGCCACAACAACAAGAAGCACAAGUGCAAUACCAGCAACAGCAUCACCCCCACGAGCAGUACGCUCAACAACAACAAGCAUAUGACCAAUAUCACGAACAGUACCACCCGCAACAACAACACGCAUACGACCCACAACAACAGCAGCAGCAACCCUACGCAGAGAACAAGCAGGAGCCAUCUGCGCAUGUUGCCUCUCAUGCUGAACCAAGUGGCCGCCAUUCCCCACACCAGCGACGUCAGCAACACACCGCGCACGAGUCCCAGUUUGUGGACCGGCGUCGCCGCAGCCCAAGUCGAGAGCACUCACGCGACCGCACGCGCGGCGAUACCUAUCGGCGCGGACCACCCAUGAACCGGGACCAAAGGCGGACACGAAGCAGGAGUCGAAGCAGAAGCCGCGAGCGCGCGCGUGAUUGGAGCCGCGACAGGGAGCGCGACCAGCGGGAGCACAGCCGUGGCAGCUACGACCGCAGGCGUGAGCGGAGCCAUGACCGCGAUCGAAGGUACUCAAGCGACCGGCGCUCGCCAUCACCGCGCCGCAUGCGCAGCCGAGACCGCGGAUACGACGAUGACGACCGUGACUUUGACCGACGUCGGCGUCGCCGUCGCCGCUACGACAGUGACGAUGAACCAGGCCACCGCUCCAGAGGCCCGGUGCGCUCGCGUUCUCCGCCGUCACCUCGCGCCCGCCGCCGCCCCCAGCGCCACUCCUCCCCGUCCCACAUCGCCAUGCUCAAGAAUCUUCCCUUUGACGCAACCCGCGAGGACGUGUGGGCUGCGCUGACCCAACUCGGCGCACAGCUGAAAGACGUUCGCAUCAUUGUCGAUAAGGCGACAGGGGAGCCGCGUGGGUUUGGGUUUGCCGAAUUUGCGAGCGUGGACGCGUGCGCACGCUUUGUCGAAGACGAUCGAUUGCGUUUGGAGAUCAACGGGCGACCCGUGCAUCUUGACUACAGCCAUCCAAAGCCCGACGAGCGGCAGCCAGCGUCCGACUGGUUGUGCACGUUUGUGAGUGACCCCCAGCCCCUUCGUCACCUCUCAUCACUUCAUCCCCUGCACCUGGGCUUCUGGCCACUGCUCUCUUCGUAA